GGCCUGCGGGCCGCCCGCCCGCCCGCCGCGCCGGCGCCAUGAAGAGGCAGAGCGAGCGAGACUCGAGCCCGAGCGGGCGCGGCUCGUCAUCGUCGGCCAAGCGGCCGCGGGAGCGCGAACGGGAGGCGGAGGCGGGCGGGCGGCGGGCGGCGCACAAGGCCUCAGGCGGCGCCAAGCACCCCGUUCCAACGCGGGCCCGCGACAAACCCCGCGGUAGCGGGGGCGGCGGCGGUGGACAUCGCGACGGCCGCGGCGCCGGGGACGCGAAUCACCGUGCGAGCAGCGGCCGCUCCUCAGGCUCGGGCGCCGGUGGCGGGGGACGCGGUGCCAAGGCCUCGGGGGACCCGGGCGCUUCGGGCGCUUCGCCCCGCGCGUCUCCACUACCGCCACCUCCGCCGCCGCCCGGGGCCGAGCCCGCGGGUCCCGGCUCAUCAGCAGCCGCACCCGAAUACAAGACGCUGCUCAUCAGCAGCCUGAGUCCCGCGCUGCCCGCCGAGCACCUCGAAGACCGGCUCUUCCACCAGUUCAAGCGCUUCGGCGAGAUUAGUCUGCGCCUGUCGCACACGCCUGAGCUGGGCCGCGUGGCCUACGUGAACUUCCGGCACCCGCAGGACGCGCGCGAGGCCCGCCAGCACGCCCUGGCCCGCCAGCUGCUGCUCUACGAUCGUCCGCUCAAGGUGGAGCCCGUGUACCUGCGCGGUGGUGGCGGCGGCGGGAGCAGCCGGCGAAGCAGCAGCAGCAGCGCGGCCGCCUCCACGCCGCCCCCGGGGCCACCCGCGCCCGCCGACCCGCUCGGCUACCUCCCGCUGCACGGCGGCUACCAGUACAAGCAGCGUUCGCUGUCCCCGGUUGCCGCCCCGCCACUGCGGGAGCCCCGCGCCCGCCACGCCGCUGCAGCCUUUGCCCUGGAUGCUGCCGCCGCCGCCGCCGCCGUAGGACUAUCCCGGGAGCGGGCCCUGGACUACUAUGGGCUGUACGACGACCGCGGGCGACCCUAUGGCUACCCGGCAGUGUGCGAGGAGGACCUGAUGCCUGAGGACGACCAGCGGGCCACGCGCAACCUCUUCAUCGGGAACCUGGACCACAGCGUGUCAGAGGUGGAGCUGCGACGGGCUUUCGAGAAGUACGGCAUCAUUGAGGAGGUGGUCAUCAAGAGACCCGCCCGUGGUCAGGGCGGUGCGUAUGCCUUCCUCAAAUUCCAGAACCUGGACAUGGCCCACAGGGCUAAGGUGGCCAUGUCGGGUCGGGUGAUUGGCCGCAACCCCAUUAAGAUAGGAUAUGGCAAGGCCAACCCCACUACUCGCCUCUGGGUGGGUGGCCUGGGACCUAACACCUCACUGGCGGCUCUGGCCCGGGAGUUUGACCGCUUUGGGAGCAUUCGGACCAUUGAUCAUGUCAAAGGAGAUAGCUUUGCCUACAUCCAGUACGAAAGCUUGGACGCAGCCCAGGCCGCCUGUGCUAAAAUGAGGGGCUUUCCCUUGGGAGGUCCAGACCGCAGGCUGCGGGUGGAUUUUGCCAAAGCAGAGGAGACUCGGUAUCCCCAGCAGUACCAGCCCUCCCCCCUCCCUGUGCAUUACGAGCUGCUCCCAGAUGGAUACACCAGGCACCGAAACCUGGAUGCCGACCUGCGGGUGAGGGAUAGGACCCCCCCACACCUCCUGUACGCAGACCGAGACCGGACCUUUUUGGAAGGGGACUGGACCAGCCCCAGUAAAAGCUCUGACCGCCGAAACAGCCUCGAGGGCUACAGCCGCUCAGUGCGCAGCCGGAGUGGUGAGCGCUGGGGAGGAGAUGGGGACCGGGGCCUGCCCAAGCCCUGGGAGGACAGGCGGAAGCGCCGGAGCCUUUCCAGUGAUCGUGGGAGGACAACCCACUCCCCUUAUGAGGAACGGAGCAGGACCAAGGGUGCUGGGCAGCUUGUGGACCGAGGCCCUGACCGCACCCCUGAGCGCAGUCGCAAGGAAAACCACUCCAGUGAAGGGACCAAGGAAUCGAGCAGCAACUCCCUCAGCAACAGCAGACACGGGGCUGAGGAGCGGAGCCACCACCACCAUCACGAGGCUCCAGACUCUUCCCACGGGAAGAAGACACGGGAGAGCGAGCGCAAUCAUCGGACCACUGAGGCUGAGCCCAAGCCUCUUGAAGAGCCAAAACACGAGACCAAAAAGCUCAAGAAUCUUUCCGAGUAUGCCCAGACACUGCAGCUAGGUUGGAAUGGGCUUCUAGUGUUGAAAAAUAGCUGCUUCCCGACAUCUAUGCACAUCCUAGAGGGGGACCUGGGGGUUAUCAGCAGUCUCCUCAAAGACCACACUUCUGGGAGUAAGCUGACCCAGCUGAAGAUUGCCCAGCGCCUUCGACUGGACCAGCCCAAGCUCGAUGAGGUCACACGACGCAUCAAGCAGGGGAGCCCCAAUGGCUACGCAGUGCUCCUAGCCACACAGGCGACCCCCAGUGGGCCUGGCACUGAGGGGAUGCCCACGGUGGAGCCAGGCCUACAGAGGCGGCUUCUCAGGAACCUGGUCUCCUACUUGAAACAGAAGCAGGCUGCAGGGGUGAUCAGCCUGCCAGUGGGUGGGUCCAAGGGCAGAGACAGCACGGGCAUGCUCUAUGCCUUCCCUCCCUGCGACUUUUCACAGCAGUACCUCCAGUCAGCACUGAGGACAUUGGGCAAGCUAGAGGAAGAACACAUGGUGAUAGUUAUAGAUGGAAGACUUCCCAGCUGUAUGCACACAAAUGCCCUACGUCAUCUUUCCACCACUGGCGUAUCUCACAGUCCUCCUGCAUUGGUGGCUCUCAGCCCCUCAGCUCUUUGGGCUGAAUCAGGACUUUACUCACAUUUGUUUUUUAUGUUGGCUGCGAGCAGGUGGGUUUCAUUUUGGACCCUGCCAUGCCAGCUUGAGCAGAGCCCAUGCACAGGAAGGGGUUGAGCCUAAGUCUGGCCAGCAGCUGUGGUAGUUUUUUGUUUUCUUGCCCUAAACAAUGUGUGUGUCCAUCAGUUUGAGCUGUAGCUGUUGAACAAAGCACCUAGUCUUCAGGCCUUUUUGAAAGCACGUAGACUUUAGCAGUUGUGUGGUCUUGUAGUCAUGGGAGGAGCAGUGCAAUAUUGGGGUCUUGGUACCAUGGAUCCGUGAGGCCUCCUUCUCUUGUUAGCCUCCCUUCUAUCCUUAAUGCAGCAGCCCAGGGAUACCCAGUUGGAGACAGCUGCCUCGGACUCCAAGGGACAGUGGAGGCCAAAUGCUGGAAUGGAGAGUGGGAGGCAGCUUUCCUUGGUUAAUUCUUGAAACUUUCCCAUCCCGGUGUAUGUGAAUUCUGGCUUUUCCUUUGAUUGUUCGGAGCUGAUGUGUCAAUGGAGUGGGCCUCUGCCCAGUCACUAGAGCUUUGUGAGGGACACUGAAUCCCUGGCCUGAAGAGUUUUUGAGGUAGUACAGUGGGUUAGGAAGAUGCUCUUCUUAACUGACAUAACUUUCCCAGGUACAAGUAGGCACUUAAGCCUAGGUCUCUUGCCCUGAUAUUGCAGAGGUGGGGACCACUGGGAGAGAGGUGCUUCUUUGGGGAAAUGUCACAGUUGCUGAGGUGUUGGGCAGUGCUAGAGCUCACAGCCAUUCAAGCUGAGCUGGGGAGGAAUGUGGAGGGGUCAAGCUGGGAGGGAAAGAUGGCUUGAAAGGAGUCUGAGUUCUGUGGCCACAUAUCUCUACUAAGACAGUAUGGCCAGCAUUGGCAGAUGAAGCCAGCAGUGUUAGGGACCAGGGAGGGAAAUCAGUCACACAGCAGUUGUCACCACAGAGCACAGCCAAAACACUUUUUCAGAAUGUUUGUGGCAGUUUAGAUGUUUCAAAAGGAUCAUUGUCAAGGCUGAGGGAGAACAGAAGCUCCAGUAAGGGAAAUGAGCCCCCAAAUGACCAGGAACUCCGGAUUCUGUUGACCGUGCUGUCCUCUCUCUAGGUCUGGUCCACUACCCUGGCUGGCACGAGGCAGCGCAGGUGACAGCUGGGAUGUGUUGAGAGAGACAGUUCGUGAGAUGGAGGCGGGGGCUCAGUGCGGACCUCAUGGACAAUACAUGCCUCUCCACAAGGACAGUGAAAGAGGUGACUUUUUGAGACCUUAGAGAUUUAAAAUAAACAGGGCAAGGAAGGUGCCUGGGGAAGUACUGCUCACUAAGCUUCAGCUGGUGCUCGUGAGAGAAAAAGCACGUUCAUGACAAACACAAGAACUGUUAAAUGUGUUUAUUUGCCUGUUUGUACUUGAGCUUUGGCCACAACUGCCAGGUAUCUGAGCAAAGCAGUGCGAGGCACAGUAGGCCACAGCUGCACCAUUCCAGGCAGUUGGAACCACCAGAAGCAGGAAUGGGCCUCAUCUUGUUUAGAGCAGAUGAGGUAGGGACGAAUGCCUGGGACACAGGCCGGAGCCGCCUUGCUGUAUUAAGCCCAAAACUUCUCUGGGCUGUUCCUUCAUAGAGAGGGUGCUCAGGACCCAGAAUACUACGCCUCCUCGUUUUCCCAGACAGAAACCUAGGAAGUCUGGCUGGAGAGGACACUUAAACCCUUGCUUUGUUCACCCUUCUUGAGGGAUAGGUGCUUUCUGGCCCCAAAUUGAACUACAGAGUUUUCCCGCUGUGUGACCAUCCUCCUCUUCCUUGGACCCUCUUCUCAACUCCUUCCUUCCUCUCUUAAGACAGCAGCUUCUGUGACGUUUCUCAGAAAGGCCUUGGCCAGCACUAGCAAGGGUAGGUCAGGUGGUCAAGGCCCUGGUUGAUUUAUGAUGCUGCCCCCAGAGAGAGAACUAUUUAACUGCAGGCAACCUGUGCCUCCACCUGGGGUUCAGGUUCUAUCUGAGGUGUGGCUUAAAGGCAAAAAUCAACCUAAGGCGAAAUUUGCCUCAUUGGUGGUUUGCUACUAUUCCGCGCGUUUCUUCCUAAGUGACUGAGAUCAUGUGCCCUGGCAGAUAAAGAGAGCUGAUGUUUCCUUAGCCUCUUAGGGCACUUCCCUAAGGGUGUGUUGUCAAGUUGAACAGGAAUGUGCUUUCUUAUUGCAGGUCCCCAUCUCCACCCGAGAGACCUGUGGGUGUUCCCAAGAGCUGCUGGCAGAGUUCAGAGAGACUGUGGCUCUGCUGAGUUAAUGACUAGAAUACAAUGCGUUUAGUGCUUCUUGACUUUUAACCUGUUUUCUUCUAAUGCACCAGCAGUCAGACUAGUCCACUGGUUAGGUGUUAGCAGUCCAUUUAAGCUGAGGCAUGAAGCAACGUAAGAGCUGAGACCUCUGCUCUCUAGAGGACCAAGAGGUGCCUGUGUGUGACACAGGACCAACCACUUCAGUGUGUGUGAUGAACUGUAUGGUGCUCCGAAGCCCAGCAGGGCUUCACCAGCCCCUGGUGAGUUUUAGCUGUCUUGUCUUGCUUAUUUACUUCACAAAUUUGUCCUCUUAGCAAAGGGAGAAAAGUCUCUUUAGCUAUAAAUACCUAUAUGAUAGAAACCGGGCAAACUCAAAGGAAGGAGACGAGGGUCUCCUAUUAAUUGUGGGUAAGAAGGGGGUGGGGUGGGGUGAGUGAAAAGGUAAAAGCACCUGGUACUUUCCCUGGUGGUAGCACAGUUUAACCAUAGGCCACUUGUAGAGGCCUGUGAAGUACCCGCAAACCCAGCCUGACCAAGCCCUAGCUGCCCCUAAACUGCCAAAACUGAAGAACUGCCCAGGUCUACUGUUGUACUCCCUUCAGAAAACAGUAAUGACAGUCAGUCAGUCACCCAACUACAGGGAUGGCCAAAAUGCUUUCACUCCCUAGCUUUGCCAGCUCAUUGCUCCACAACAUCCCAGAACCCCUAACGUUCCAGCUCCACCAAAUCUACUCUGGAGCUGCCUUCUUGCUUCAGAACCCAGAAUAGAGAGAUGCAUGUGGAGUGGGCAGUGCCCUGAGCACCUCCCUCUGCCCCCUGCCCAGUCCUCCUCGGGGCGAGCAGCAGACCAGGGUUAGAUGCUGUGACUAAGCUGCUUUUCUCCCCAGAGUGCUUUAUUUGGGCAGAACGUGUUCUCACCCCGUCCUGGGCUGCCUCUCUUGGAAGGCGUCUUUAUUGCCUGGCUAGAGCCACAAGGAAAGGGACAGACCCCACUUUGGUAAAAGAGAACAGGGAAAGGCCAUAAAGAAAGAAAGACAGACUUGUAGUUUAUUUUGUAUUUUUUUUAAAUAAAUACACUUUACAUUAAAGAAAAAGGCCUUUGAUUUGUACUUUCCACAUUGGGGAGAAAGGGAAGAAAAAAAGAUUUCUGAAAAACUGAAUCACAAAGAAAAAUAGAGGGGGUGAACUUAUAUCCUAAGUUCCCUCAACUCCACAAAACCAAUAUCCACAAUGACCUUGCUGCCCCCCCCAAACCAUGAAGGUGGGUGAACCUAGGCAUUUAUUCAGCAAACAAGCAGCACCUCCUCCCCACCUCUGGCACAAAGGAAAACAAAUUAACCUGACAGCAUAUGAGGCAACAAAACAGGUUAAAAAAUCAUAUAUUAUAUUUAUAAUAAAAUAUUCUUAAUCCUUAUCAAUUUAAG